AUGGGGCGGGGGCCUGUGGCCGUGGCCGGGAGUUUAAGUACAAGUAUCUUCCAGCCAUGGAAGAGGACUACGCGCAGGCCCAGCCCGAUGCAGUGGAACUUGGAGAGAUUCUCAGGGGCUCAAGUAGAUCAGAAGCUGAGUAAAUUGGUGCAAUACCAGCUGAUCAAGGAUUAGAAGAAAAUCCCCAUCAGAUGGGGAGAUAUUCUGAAGAAUGCCAUCAAGGACUACAAAGAAGUCUACUCUGAGAUUGUUAACUGAGCCAGCAGGACCCUCCAGCGGGUGUCUGGGCUGCAACAGGUGGAGAUAGACACCAAGCAUCACAUCUACAUCCUGGUCAACCUGGAUGGGGAGAACCUGAAACAGGACGAUUGCACAGCCAAGCUGGACCCCCUCACCCUCAUCCUCAGCUUCCUCUACCUGAAGGGCAACACUGCCAAGGAGUGAAGCCCCGCCCCUUCCAUGUGGGCCCCGCCUCCUGACUGACAGGCUCGCUCUGCCCUUCCAGCUGAGCUGUGGGAGAUGUUGAAGAAACUGUAAAUUGGACCCAGGCAGAGACAUGAGGUCUCUGGGGAUGUCAGGGAGUUGGUGACUAUGGAAUUGGUCCAGCAAAAGUACCUGGAGUACAACCGCACGCCCAACAUGGACUCGGCCGAGGUUGAGUUCCAGUGGGGGGUGCAGGCCACCAAGGAGACCUCCAAGAUGCAGAUCCUGCACUUCGUCACCAAGAUCCAGAGCAAGGAUACCAAAGCCUGGACCAGGCAGCAGCUGCAGUGGCCCUGGUGGGGCCAGCCGGGGGGCGUGCAGGAGGAAGUGGCCAGCCCCCACUUCACCCACAGCGCCUUGUGA